CAAUCUUCAUUAAGGGUACGUACUACCGUCAACCCAUCUCUCACAGAGCAUCUUUUAGCCAGUGUCUAGUUGGAGAGUGCUGAGAGAUGUUCUAAAAGAUGGGUUGCCCCUGUUCGUUUAAGAUCAGCAUCAAGAAGUAGACGAUCUUUACCAUUCUGACAUUGGCUGUUCCAUGGCGUCGUCUUCUCACGAGGCUUGCAGCACAUCUAGUACUGCGAUGGUCAUUGAAGCAGCAAUUGACUCUACACCCACAUCGAAGGCCUCUAGCACUAGUAGCACCACAACUUAUGUUGAUCAGCUUUUAUUCAUCUCUUUUUCAUUUUUUUGGUAGCUUUAUCUUUCCUUGCAAUAGAGAUACGGGGAAGCGUCCUGUUGAGAUUCAGAAAAUCUUGGUAACUUUUUUUUCCCUUGCAAUAUAUAGACACUUAUUUUUACGGAGAAAUAUGCUAUCUAUCGAGAUAAUACGAGAAACUCCGAGCAGAUGAAUUCAAGCGCUCUCGUCUAAGUAAGAGGAGGCGGAGAAGCAGAAGACACAACCAAUGCCACUAUGGGGGGAGCAUUUACCAGUGCGGAUGACCUGAGCUCUCGAGGUUGUGGACGGGCACAACACCUUGUUAACCAGACAGAAGCAGAACUACUACUACGUGGUCACAGUUGGGUGGAACAAGACCAACAAAAUGCUCCACUAAAACAUCAUAAAACAUCAUGGGAAGAAGACAGCGACUUUGUAGGACCAAGUAGAGAAAGUGCUGGAAGACGAGGACGAGACAUCAAUAAUUUUGUCGAACAAGAAGUAGCUCGAACAGGUGAUGUAAGUCGUAGCAACGGAACUCGUCGUAGCAACGGAACUCGUCGUAGCAACGGAACUCGUCGUAGCAAUGGAACUCGUCGUAGCAAUGGAACUCGUCGUACCGAAACUCGUCGCACUGGUAGAGCCUCGUCGUCCACCAGGGUUACUGGUCCUCCUCCAGGUCUGGAAGGUUACAAUAAUCUUCCGAGAACGCUGCCUGUCCCUAUUAGUACAACCUUUCAUCAUCUUCAUGGUCCUCCUGCUCGUCCUCGUGGUCACGAU